AUCCCAUUUUCUGAGAAAGAUGAAGACAUUUUCUUCUUCUACAAACCAUUUCUUCAUCUCCAUCUUCAUAAUAUUUUUUUCAAUAAUCUCAAUCUCAUCAUCUACUUCUGAAAAACCCUACCAAGAUGCGAACACAUACUUCAUCAGAACAUCUUGUAAUUCCACAGCCUACCCAAGGCUCUGCUUUGCCUCCUUAUCAAAGCACGCUGGCUUCAUACAAACCAACCGCGUCCUCCUGACCAGUGCCGCCCUGAACGUGACUCUGGCGUCGGCAAAGGCGACGUCGGUGAUGAUUUCGACGAUGUCCAAGAGCUAUGGGAUAAUGAAGCCAAGGGAGGCCGCGGCGAUGAGAGAUUGCCUGGAGGAGCUGCGUGACUCGGUGGAUGAACUCAGAAAGUCCAUUGGUAAGAUGAGUCAACUCGGAGACUCCAACUUUGAGGUCACCAUGAAUGAUGUUCAGACCUGGGUUUCUGCUGCUUUGACUGAUGAGAGUACUUGCACUGAUGGGUUUCAAGGAGUUAAUGGAAAUUUGAAGAACACUGUGAGAAGCCGAAUUGUGCAGGUGGCUCAACUUACCAGUAAUGCUUUGGCUUUCAUAAAUCAGCUUGCUUCUUCUCAUGCUUAACUAAUAAAUUAGAUAAAA